CCCCUACACAGAGGUAGAGGUCAGUGGCUUGACUCCUCGCAGUCCGUGUCACGAGUUUAACCAUCACACAUCUCUUCUUCGCCUCCUGUUUUACAGCUUCCUGAGGUAACUAAACGUCGUUCGGUUUGCCCUCUUCUUUGAUAAUUUACCUGCAUAAAGUAAUAAUGUCCAGCCAACGAGGUGCAGGAGGAGAAUCAGUUGCUAUGGUGACUCACAAGGUCUUCUUUGAUAUUACAAUUGGAGAUGAAAAAACUGGCAGGAUUGUGAUCGGUCUCUUUGGACAAACUGUUCCUAAAACAGCCACUAACUUCAUCGACUUGGCCACUGGUGAGAAAGGGUUUGGAUACAAAGGAAGCAAGUUUCAUCGCGUGAUCAAGGAUUGCAUGAUCCAGGGAGGUGACUUCACAAAGGGAGAUGGCACAGGAGGUAAGAGCAUCUACGGUGACAUAUUCAAGGACGAGAACUUCAAGCUGAGCCACUACGGUGCCGGAUGGCUGAGCAUGGCCAACGCAGGCAAGGACACCAACGGAUCCCAGUUCAACCUCAUAACCAUCAAGACAACCUGGCUCGAUGGCAGGCAUGUGGUCUUUGGUAAAGUUUUAGAAGGAAUGGAUGUCGUGAGAAAGAUUGAAAAUACGAAGACGGGGGAUAAUGACAAACCUGUAAAAGACUGCGUCAUCGCUGACUGCGGCACUAUUGAUAUUGAGAAGCCUUUCGCCGUCGACAAGGAAGCAGCCAUGUAAACUGCCUCCAUUCCUUACUGUCUCCCGUUCUACCUAGAUAUACAAAUUUACAGCAACAACAAAAACCUUUUCUGCGUCAUCGCAGACAGCGGCACUAUUGACACUGAGAAGCCUUUCGCUGUCGACAAGGAAGAAGCCAUGUAAACUGCCUCCAUCCCUUACUGCCUCCCGUUCUACCUAGAUAUACAAAUUUACAGCAACAACAAAAACACUUUCUGCGUCAUCGCAGACAGCGGCACUAUUGACACUGAGAAGCCUUUCGCUGUCGACAAGGAAGCAGCCAUAUAAACUGCCUCCAUCCCUUACUGCCUCCCGUUCUACCUAGAUAUACAAAUUUACAGCAACAACAAAAACUCUUUCUCUCAGGAAAUAGAUGUAUAGCUUGUCUAGUCUUUCAAAUUCACAUGCAGUUUAUGCAAUAUGUUAUCAAUUAUAAUCAUAAUGAUGGUAGUGGUUCAGCUUAGAUAUCAAAUUGUAUGACCUCGAUCCCUGAUUGUUUGACCAAGGUUUUUGUGUGUUUAUAAUUUCAAACUUGUCCAUCAUAUCUGAUUCUAAGGAAUACAUCUGUUCUAGUCAGUGUGUAAUUGUUCUCACAUUAAAUAUAGAUGGAAAGUAAUCCAGAUUCCUUUGCACUGUCGUAUAUAGCUAAUAGUUACUGCAUUGCUUUAUCCUCUUCCAUGGUAUUAAAAACUAUUUUGCACGCAGAAAGAAACUUUGAAAAA